AUGCACGUUGGCAUCAUGAACGUCGAACUCGAACUCAGUACUCACAGACUACAAGCUGGCGCUAAAGAUUCGUACACGGCGCAGCUCAAUACGAACUUCUUCGGCGCAGUGGCCGUCGCCGCCAUUCCAUACGCCGUCAGCAAAUACGCGCUCACAGCCUACACGCUCACCCUGCGCGAGGAGGUCGCUCAAUGCGGGAUCCGCGUCGUCUCGUUCGACAUGGGACACUUCCGCACGACCCUGAUCAACCCGGGCCGGGUGAAAGCAGAUCUCAGCAAGGUCAUCGUCGUAGACGACUACAAGGAUAUGGUGCGGAUAGUGGCGGAGGGGAAUGGGGAGAUGGAUGGCAACCAGCUGGGUAACCCCGAGCUCGGCAUCAAGCGCAUACUCGACGUCCUGCGAGGCGAGGGCAUGGCCGCCGGCAAGCUCCUCCCGGCGCGGGUCUCCGUGGGCAGCGACGCGGCGGACUUGAUCCGGGAGAAGUGCGAGGAGAACCUCCGGCUGGUCGGGAAGUGGGAGGCGCUGGCCCAGAGUACGGAUUUCGAUGACCCGAAGAGGGGGCCUUGGGCCACGAAGGAGUGA